UGUCCAUCACUGAAAAUAUCAUUUUGGCGGCGUUUCUGUUUACCUUUUAUUUUGUUGCUAUAACUAAUAUAAGCAAUGUCGAUCACUUUGGAUUUUAGUGGCAAGAACCUGGCCAAAAGCAAGUCUGUGAAUCUGCACUAUCUGCCAGCCAAAAUUGACGGCGAUGGCGAGGCAAAUGUGGAGGAGUACUUCAACAACUACACAAGGGAAGCAACCGAUUUUGGUAAUGGAAUCUUGACGAAUGCCUUGCGCGGAUAUCCAUUGGUGGGGGAGAAGCUCAAAGUGCCAGAAGGAUAUCGUGGACUAGUUAUCCAGGAAACAGAGAAGCCUAUUAACGAAUCGUCCGACAGACAGCUGCGACUUACGGGAGUUUUCGAAGACUUUACCUACUGGAACUACGAUAAGGUGCCCUCUAAUGGCGAUGCCUACCGACAGGCGCUGCUUCUGGCGGAUGUGGCCGAGGCUCUCUCAAAACCCAUCAGCGAAGCGGAUCUAGAAGCAGAAAUAGCACGGAACAAAGAAAACACAAAGGAAGCUUUAUAAUUCUUAGGCGCGCUUACAGCGUUUAUUAUUUAGUACUCCAAAAGCUAUUCAAAUACAUAUGUAUCUUUACAAUUCA